UUGCUGAGUUUAAGCAUCGUUUUUUGUGAGGUUAAGUGUCAAAAUAAUGAAACGACUGUAUGUAGGAUAUUUUAUAUGAAGAAACACGAUGAGCAUGUCUACAAGAGAAAUGGAGAAAUACUCUCAUAGGGGAGACCACGAGAGAUCCAGGAGGAAAAAUAAAGAUCAGUAUAGACACAAAGAUAGAAUUUCACGUAGGGAUAAUGACAGCGAUUAUGAAAGUACAUCUAGAAGCUCGAAAUCAAGACGAAAGCAUUCGAAAAGUUCUAGCGAAAAAUAUAAAAAAUCUAAGCAUAGAAAUUCUUCUGAAUUACGAGAUUCUCGUAAAAAGUCGUCGAAACGUAAAAGCAAAAAGAGGUCGUCCUCGUCGUCAUCAUCCUCAUCCUCUUCAAAUCCAAGUGACUCUAGUAGCUCAUCCUCUUCUGAUUCUUCAUCAGAUUCUACUAAACUGUUAGAAAAACUUCAGAAACAACGUCAGAAACAAAUUGAAGAGAGGAAACGCCAGAAAGAAUUGAUGAAAGCUACAGAGACUCCCGAGGAAAAGAGAUUAAGACGUUUAAAGAAAAAGGAGGCAAAGGAACGUAAGCGUAAAGAAAGAAUGGGUUGGGAUAAUGAUUAUUUGCAUUACACAAAUACAGAUAAUCCUUUUGGCGAUGGAAAUUUACUUUCUACAUUUGUGUGGUCUAAGAAACUUGAAAAGGAAGGUCUAUUAGGUGUUAGUAGAGAAGCAUUAGAAAUUAGAAAUAGACAUAAACAGGAAGAGAAUAAGAGGGAGUUGGAGAAAGUUAAAAAGAGAAGGCAAGAAAGGGAAUUAGAAAGACAACAGAGGGAAGAAGAAAUGACUAUGCUACAAAGAGGAAAAGAGGCUGCCCAAUUAGAACAGUGGGCAAGACAAGAAGACCAGUUUCAUUUAGAACAAGCUAGAUUGAGAUCUCGUAUCAGAAUACAGGAUGGUCGUGCUAAACCAAUUGAUCUUCUUGCGAAAUACAUUAGUGCCGAAGAAGAAGUAGAUGCUGUAGAAAUGCACGAACCCUACACUUAUUUACGUGGGUUACACGUAAAAGAUUUGGAAGAUCUAAUCGAAGAUAUCAAAGUCUAUAAAGAAUUGGAACGUGGUAAAAACUUAGAUUACUGGAAUGAUAUUACAGUAAUUGUUGAAGAUGAGUUACACAAGUUGAGGAAACUGGAAAGAUCUGAGUAUGAAGUUGCUGUUGGUAGAAGAGAAGGAAUACACGAAUCAGUAGCUAAAGAUGUGACCGCUAUUUUCAAAGGAAAAACAGCAACACAGUUGGAAGCCUUACAGUUACAAAUUGAAGAGAAAAUCACAGGAAAACCUGAAGGUGUAGACAUUGGCUAUUGGGAAAGUCUUUUAUCACAACUAAAAGCACAUAUGGCGAGAGCACGGUUGAGGGAUCGACAUCAAGAAAAUCUCCGCAAAAAAUUGGAAGUCUUAAUCGCUGAACAAGGAGUUUCUAGAACAGAGAACGAACCUGGGGAUUUACAAUCGACUAGCGAAGUACCUGGUGAAGAGUCAGGAAAGCAAGAUGAACCGUCUACCAAUACAGUCACAGAAAAGAGUGAAGAAAGUCAAUCAGAUGAUGACCAAGAAGUUACUAAUGCAGCCGAUGAUCUUUUAUCAGAGUCGUUCUGUGAAUAUGAAUCAGGAGGAUAUUCUCCAAAAUAUAUACUGUAUUCACAACUUGAGCCGGGAACAUUGGUUACUUUAGAGGAAGACGAUAGUCAGCGAUUAGAAUAUGCGCGAAAACAAGUACUAAGUACUGGACGAAAAAUUCAGAAUGUAAUGACUGCCGAGGAACAAGCGAUGCACAGAGAAGCACGGAAAAAUAUGGGCUCCGAUGAAGCACAAUUCAGUGUUGAAUCAUCGUUGGAAGCACAGAUUUACUUAUGGUCCGAUAAAUAUAGACCUAGAAAGCCAAGAUACUUUAAUCGAGUACAUACUGGUUUCGAAUGGAACAAAUACAAUCAGACGCAUUAUGAUAUGGAUAAUCCACCCCCAAAAAUUGUUCAAGGUUACAAAUUUAAUAUAUUUUAUCCUGAUCUCAUAGACAAGAACACCACUCCCGAGUACUUUUUGACACCCUGUGCUGACAACAAGGACUUUGCAAUACUGAGAUUCCACGCCGGUCCACCGUACGAAGACAUAGCAUUCAAGAUUGUUAACCGAGAAUGGGAAUAUUCGUACAAACGUGGAUUCAGGUGUCAAUUUCACAACAACAUCUUUCAAUUGUGGUUUCACUUUAAGCGAUAUAGAUACCGUCGAUAAUAUCGUGGUACUAUGUACAAUAUACAUUUGUGUAAAUACAUUUCUAGGUGUACGAUCUAUUUAAUUUUUCUAACGACGGUUUCAAGCAGG